AUGGCUAAAUCUUCCAUUGGUAAGCUUAUUCAAGUCCCUGAAUCUCUAAGAGAUUCCAUAUCUCGCACACGAGUCACAUAUCGAAAGCUGGGGAACUCGGGCCUACGCAUCUCAAACCCUAUCCUUGGUGGCCUCCAUAUAGGUAGUUCCGAUUGGUUUCCUUGGGUACUUGAUGAAGAACGGGCAUUGCCGCUUCUGAAAGCAGCCUAUGAUCGAGGCGUCAAUACAUGGGAUACCGCCAAUGUGUAUUCAAACGGCCAAUCUGAGAGAAUUAUGGGGGAAGCCCUUCGCAAGUACAAUAUUCCACGAAACAAGAUAGUUUUGAUGACGAAAUGCUAUCGAGUUUUAUGUGAUGCUGAGAAUUAUGAUCCUGGCUCUGGUGUUACAAUGCAUCAUGAGAUGGCGGAUAAAAGUAAAGACUAUGUUAACCACUGGGGGCUGUCACGACAAGCAAUAUUUAAUUCCGUCGAGGCCUCCCUUAAACGCCUCAACACCCAUUACAUCGAUGUUUUCCAGAUCCAUCGCUUUGACAAUACAGUCCCACCUGAGGAAACAAUGUGUGCACUGCAUGACCUGGUUAAAGGUGGUUUGGUCAGGUACAUCGGUGCCAGCUCUAUGUGGGCAUAUCAAUUUGGCAUACUCCAACAUGUCGCGGAAAUAAGAGGCUGGACGAAAUUUACCUCAAUGCAAAAUCAUUAUAACUUGAUAUACCGUGAAGAAGAGAGGGAGAUGAACAAGUAUUGUAAUCACACUGGCGUGGGUUUAAUACCCUGGGCUCCACUUGCAUCUGGUAGAUUAGCACGCCGCCCAACAGAUAAGUCUAUGUCUGUCAGAGCAUCAUAUAGCUCUAACGGGACUAUAUAUGCCGGCGAAAGUCAUAGUACUGGUGCAAUUAUUUCUAGAAUAGAAGAGGUGGCCACAAAGCGUAAAUGGCCAAUGAGCCAUGUGGCUCUCGCAUGGCUAAAUCGGAAGGUGACAGCUCCUAUUAUUGGCUUCGGGUCGGUUGAGCAUAUUGAUGAGACGUUGGCAGCAAAUGGGAAGGAGUUAACUGAAGCAGAAGAAGAGUAUCUAGAGCAACUCUAUGAGCCUCAAAACGUACAAGGCCAUACCUAA